AUGCAAUGCAUCUCUGCCGAACGCUCCAUUGGAUUCUGUUCUAUACUCGAAGCGAAUGAUCGAGUCAUCGAGAAUGCGUAUGACAUGUGCCGCGGGAAGCCUAAUGCUGUACACCCUACCCAUCUUACCAUCACAGCAACUUUGGUUUUAGCCCCCUCGGGAGGAGUUGUUACCUUUCCUUCUGUGAUGACGACCAGGACCAGGACUACAUCAAGCUCGGAUACAUCGAGCACUAUUCGAACGUUGCCAACAACUCUAGUCAUCGAUACAUCAUCGCCUCCUGUUAUUCCGAGACCAUCAACGAAAACCACGAUAAGAUCGACAACCCGACCGACAACUGUGGAGCAACCCUCUGCCGAUUCUUCAGAUGAUGCCACUACUGAUUCAGAGAUCAUUUCAAUUACUGAGCCACCCAUCACUAGAUCUACGACCUUCAAAACCUCGACAUCUGUAACGACAUCAGAGACUGAGACUGCGUCCAGCACAGGGGUAGUUGGCGGCGCUGGAGGAGCGAGCAAAGACGAAGACAACGACGAACCAGACAAACUAUCCACCGAACAGGUGGCUGGUAUAUCAGUAGGCGUUCUUGCAGCUGUUGGAGUUGCAGUUGGAGCCAUUGUGCUGGCGAGAUACUACCGACGAAGAAAGUACCCGCAUAUCAAAACCGGCUUUCUUCCUAUGAGAGAUACAUGGGGUUAUAAGCCAGCCCGAUCUGACAACGGUGGACACAACUCAUGGAUGAUCCACCAACUUCGUCCUGAUUUGGAUCCUACAAACAACCCACCACCACCGCCUGCUUAUAACCGGAGGAGCAUCAAACCUGAAGCUAUCGGCGUAGCGCUAUCGCCUCCCCCUUCGAACCGCAACACCGCUCACUCGUCGCCCCUGAGACGACUAUCGAAACUUCUCCCUGCAAAACCAACACUACCAGAUCUGUCUAACGGAGCUACUAAUGAAAAGCCUCUGCCUCUUUUAAAACCAGAAUGGGGAGAGACUGGACGCCAGGUCGCUGGACCACCAGGUGGAAACGAGACCCCCCAAAUACCACCACCAACACUGGCUGUGCCGAUUGUUGCCUCACCACCAAGAUCCAGGCCCAUGGCCCCUGUGCCACCGAAGCUGUAUAUCCCUCCCGCUGAAACGUCCGCAGCGGCGAUUUCAGGAGCCAACAAUCGCGAGAGCAAUGUGACUGAGUUUGAAGAAGAUCGAACAUCAAUAUCCCCUAACGCCAACACGCAGGUCUGGAGGCCACCACCAACAACGCCUCUCUCAGCAACGACUUACUAUGUCGCUGAUCAGUAUGGCAAUUGGGUUCUGGGCAAUCCCAAACGUGCCUCCGUAGUAGCGCGGGGCUCACAAGACUCCAAGGGAUCUCAAGAGGGUGCAUCAAAGCCAGCUCCUAAACACGACAACGGCCCUCUUGGUAGUGCGGAACCAAACAAUGCCAGGACGCUUGCUCCUGCAGCUGAAAUUGUUCCUGCAGGAUCGCAGUUCAGACCUGGUGGACCUCGCCCACAAUAUCCUUCUCCCUUCUUCUCAUCACAACAGUCUCACCCACGACGCAGCGCCUCUUCUCGUCGUUCUAUGACCAGGCCUCUGACUCGACCACGCGAAGAUUCCAGUAGCAGUAGCACCACCAUCAUCACUACUUCAACUGAUUCUUCCUCAAGCAUCCCCUCUUUGGCGCUUGAACAACAAGUCAGCCUCUCUCCCGUUGUCGAGUCUCCCCAGUCAGUCCGUAAUCGCCAGCAGCAGCCCAAGAUCCCGCCUCGAGAUCCUCGACGUGCUAGUCAGAUGGGAAGCUCAAGCGAGAGUGUCAACAUGAGAUCUGCCCCUCCCACACGCCAGAUCGUGUAUAGCCCCCCUGGACAGCCAAGCCCAACUUUGGGAAUGAUGCAGCCUCCGACUGGAAAUUACCCAGCACUGCGGCCACAACCACAGACAGCUCCACAGAACACUGAGCCCAUCGCCAACGCAGGACUCGAGACAACUUCUCCAACUAUGCGCAUCGUUGAUCCCUCCCCUGAACCUGAGGAGACUGGGGAACCCUCUGCUGUGAACCCAACACAAAUCCGAGCUUCUCCUUAUUAUUUUGAUCCACCAUAUCCUGAGCCUCUUCAGACCCGUCAACCCUCACAACAUCGCCGCUCUGCUUCAGGCCCGCAACCACAACAGUACCAGCCGUAUCAGAGGCCUCCCUCGUUCCAGCCAUCUCCUCGUCAGCAGCAAGCAGCUUGGCAACCCGUUCAGCGUGUGCAUGCCCAUCAUCACCAGCAACAACGCCAACACCACCAACCUCAGCAACAGAACGCCUGGCAACCUACCCAACGUAUGCCCCCAUCAUACCAAUCCUUCCAGCAACAACAGCCUCUACAACCAUACCAGCGUCAACAACAGCAUCAGCAAUCAUACCAACAGCCACCACAGAUGUACCCAUCUUUCCAGGCUCGACAUAGCCAACAGCUUCAUCCCCGCACCCAAGGCGGAUACCAAUCCUAUCAACAAUACCCUGCUCAGCAGCAGCCUCAAAUCCAUCCCUCCAUGUAUCAAAGCCACCAUCCUCCUCAACCCACAAACCCGCCGCUUGCCCAGUCUGGUAGCCAAGAUUCACUACUCGCCAAGCGCGUCGGCUCUGGUCGCGCCGCCGAUAUGACUAUUGGUACAGAUCAAAGCAAGGCUCCCAAGUGGAAUCGCGAUGACCAAAACAAGACUCCUCCAAACUUUCCCUUGUCGCCUCAUUGGAAGCCAACAUUGACCCCUACAAGGCGAGGAGAUGACCUUUACCUUAACGUUCAGUAA